AUGCAUACUGUCUUUCGCAUCGUCGACAUUACACAAAUUGACAAUAACUAUCCGCUUUAUCAAGUAGAACUUAAAUUGACUUCCGAUGAUGAUCAACAACUUCGUACACUCACCGAACGUAUUCGAGAAGAAGUCACAAUUGGAACAGAAUGGCAACGAAUGGGUAACUUGCUCCUGAAAAUAGGACAGUUUGAUAAGGCUGAAGAGCUCUAUAAAUUACUGCUCGAACAAACAUCUGAAGAAACUGACAAAGCACGAUAUUAUCAUCAGCUAGGCUACAUCAAUAAUGCACACGGUGAUUAUGAGAAGGCUAUUUGUCAUUAUGAAAACUCAAGUGAAAUCUGCGAAAAAACUGUUCCUUUAAAUUAUCCUUUGUUGGCUAUUACCUACAGCAACAUCGGUGAGGUAUAUCGAAACAUGGGAGAGUAUUCAAAAGCACUCUCGUCUCAUGAUAAAGCAUUUGAAAUUCGACAAAAAUCUCUUCCUUCAAAUCAUUCUGAUUUUGGUACUUCGUACAACAACAUUGCUUUGGUUUAUCACAACGUGGGAGAGUAUUCAAAAGCACUUUCAUUUUGCGAAAAAGCACUUGGAAUCUUUGAAAAAACUCUUCCUUUAAAUCAUCCUGUGUUGGCUAUUACCUACAGCAACAUCGGUGAGAUAUAUCAAAACAUGGGAGAGUAUUCAAAAGCACUUUCGUCUCAUGAAAAAGCAUUUGAAAUUCGACAAAAAACUCUUCCUUCAAAUCAUUCUGAUUUUGGUACUUCGUACAACAACAUUGCUUUGGUUUAUCGCAACGUGGGAGAGUAUUCAAAAGCACUUUCCUUUUACGAAAAAGCACUUGAAAUCUUUGAAAAAACUCUUCCUUUAAAUCAUCCAUUGUUGGCUACUGCCUACAACAACAUCGGUGAGAUAUAUCAAAGCAUGGGAGAGUAUUCAAAAGCACUUUCGUCUCAUGAAAAAGCAUUUGAAAUUCGACAAAAAACUCUUCCUUCAAAUCAUUCUGAUUUUGGUGCUUCGUACAACAACAUUGCCUCAGUGUAUCAUAAAAUGGGAGAGUAUUCAAAAGCACUUUCCUUUUGCGAAAAAGCACUUGAAGUCUUUGAAAAAACUCUUCUAUCAAAUCAUCCUUUGUUGGCUACUACCUACAACAACAUCAGUGUGAUAUGCCAAGACAUGGGAGAAUAUUCGAAAGCACUUUCAUUUUCCGAGAAAGCAUGCGAAAUUCGACAAAAAACUCUUCCUUUAAAUCAUCCUGAUUGGGCUAUUUCCUACAACAACAUCGCUUCAGUGUAUGACAAUAUGGGAGAGUAUUCAAAAGCAGUUUCAUUUUUCGAAAAAGCACUUGAAAUAUUUGAAAAAACUCUUCCAUUAAAUCAUCCCAAUUUGGCUACUUCCUACAUUAGCAUUGCUUCAGUGUAUGACAAUAUGGGAGAGUAUUCAAAAGCACUUUCAUUUUCUGAAAAAGCACUUGAAAUCUAUGAAAAAACUCUUCCAUCAAAUCAUCCUGAUUUGGCUACUUGCUACGGCUGCAUUGGUGGAAUAUAUCAAAAUAUGGAAGAGUAUUCGAAAGCGCUUUCGUUUUACGAAAAAACAUGUGAAAUUUUUGAAAAAACUCUGCCUUCAAAUCAUCCUUUGUUGGCUACUUCCUACAACAACAUCGCUUUAGUGUAUAACGACAUGGAAGAGUAUUCAAAAGCACUUUCAUUUCUUGAAAAAGCACUUGCAAUCUUUGAAAAAACUCUUCCUUCAAAUCAUCCUUCUUUGGCUAAUUCCUACGACAACAUCGGUGUGAUACAUCAAAACAUGGGAGAAUAUUCAAAGGCACUCUCAUCGUUCGAACGUGCUCGUGAUAUUUUGCGACACUCAUUGUCCCCGAAUCACCCUACUAUUAGAACUGUGGGAGAAAAUAUUGAAAUUGCAAAACAAAAAUUGCAAGGUAAUACUUGA